UCAUUUUCCACUAUGUUUAAUUGUGACUGGAUCAUUAUAGACCCUUUUUUUGUAGUUGUUGAGGUUUAAAGAUUUAAGUUUGUUAUGGAUGCAAGCUUUUCAGUUGACCAAUGAUUAUUAGCCAAUUUCUGAUAAAAGAAAAGGAAACCGAUUGCCCCAGGGCUGCUGUUUUCAUUUCCUCAUUGGAAGAAGAAGCAUAGUAUAGAAGAAAGGCAAACACAACACAUUCAACCUCUGCCACCAUGGGGAACUGGGCUGUGAAUGAGGGGCUCUCCAUUUUUGUCAUUCUGGUUUGGCUGGGGUUGAACGUCUUCCUCUUUGUCUGGUAUUACCGGGUUUAUGAUAUUCCACCUAAGUUCUUUUACACAAGAAAACUUCUUGGGUCAGCACUGGCACUGGCCAGGGCCCCUGCAGCCUGCCUGAAUUUCAACUGCAUGCUGAUUCUCUUGCCAGUCUGUCGAAAUCUGCUGUCCUUCCUCAGGGGUUCCAGUGCGUGCUGCUCAACAAGAGUUCGAAGACAACUGGACAGGAAUCUCACUUUUCAUAAAAUGGUGGCAUGGAUGAUUGCACUUCACUCUGCGAUUCACACCAUUGCACAUCUAUUUAAUGUGGAAUGGUGUGUGAAUGCCCGAGUCAAUAAUUCUGAUCCUUAUUCAGUAGCACUCUCUGAACUUGGAGACAGGCAAAACGAAAGUUAUCUCAAUUUUGCUCGAAAGAGAAUAAAGAACCCUGAAGGAGGCCUGUACCUGGCUGUGACCCUGUUGGCAGGCAUCACUGGAGUUGUCAUCACGCUGUGCCUCAUAUUAAUUAUCACUUCCUCCACCAAAACCAUCCGGAGGUCUUACUUUGAAGUCUUUUGGUACACACAUCAUCUCUUUGUGAUCUUCUUCAUUGGCCUUGCCAUCCAUGGAGCUGAACGAAUUGUACGUGGGCAGACCGCAGAGAGUUUGGCUGUGCAUAAUAUAACAGUUUGUGAACAAAAAAUCUCAGAAUGGGGAAAAAUAAAGGAAUGCCCAAUCCCUCAGUUUGCUGGAAACCCUCCUAUGACUUGGAAAUGGAUAGUGGGUCCCAUGUUUCUGUAUCUCUGUGAGAGGUUGGUGCGGUUUUGGCGAUCUCAACAGAAGGUGGUCAUCACCAAGGUGGUCACUCACCCUUUCAAAACCAUCGAGCUACAGAUGAAGAAGAAGGGGUUCAAAAUGGAAGUGGGACAAUACAUUUUUGUCAAGUGCCCAAAGGUGUCCAAGCUGGAGUGGCACCCUUUUACACUGACAUCCGCCCCUGAGGAAGACUUCUUUAGUAUCCAUAUCCGCAUCGUUGGCGACUGGACAGAGGGGCUGUUCAAUGCUUGUGGCUGUGAUAAGCAGGAGUUUCAAGAUGCGUGGAAACUACCUAAGAUAGCGGUUGAUGGGCCCUUUGGCACUGCCAGUGAAGAUGUGUUCAGCUAUGAGGUGGUGAUGUUAGUGGGAGCAGGGAUUGGGGUCACACCCUUCGCAUCCAUUCUCAAGUCAGUCUGGUACAAAUAUUGCAAUAACGCCACCAAUCUGAAGCUCAAAAAGAUCUACUUCUACUGGCUGUGCCGGGACACACAUGCCUUCGAGUGGUUUGCAGAUCUGCUGCAACUGCUGGAGAGCCAGAUGCAGGAAAGGAACAAUGCCGGCUUCCUCAGCUACAACAUCUACCUCACUGGCUGGGAUGAGUCUCAGGCCAAUCACUUUGCUGUGCACCAUGAUGAGGAGAAAGAUGUGAUCACAGGCCUGAAACAAAAGACUUUGUAUGGACGGCCCAACUGGGAUAAUGAAUUCAAGACAAUUGCAAGUCAACACCCUAAUACCAGAAUAGGAGUUUUCCUCUGUGGACCUGAAGCCUUGGCUGAAACCCUGAGUAAACAAAGCAUCUCCAACUCUGAGUCUGGCCCUCGGGGAGUGCAUUUCAUUUUCAACAAGGAAAACUUCUAACUUGUCUCUUCCAUGAGGAAAUAAAUGUGGGUUGUGCUGCCAAAUGCUCAAAUAAUGCUAAUUGAUAAUAUAAAUACCCCCUGCUUAAAAAUGGACAAAAAGAAACUAUAAUGUAAUUGUUUUCCCUUAAAGGAAUGUCAAAGAUUGUUUGAUAGUGAUAAGUUACAUUUAUGUGGAGCUCUAUGGUUUUGAGAGCAUUUUUACAAACAUUAUUUCAUUUUUUUCCUCUCAGUAACGUCAGUGGAAGUUAGGGAAAAGAUUCUUGGACUCAAUUUUAGAAUCAAAGGGAAAGGAUCAAAAGGUUCAGUAACUUCCCUAAGAUUAUGAAACUGUGACCAGAUCUAGCCCAUCUUACUCCAGGUUUGAUACUCUUUCCACAAUACUGAGCUGCCUCAGAAUCCUCAAAAUCAGUUUUUAUAUUCCCCAAAAGAAGAAGGAAACCAAGGAGUAGCUAUAUAUUUCUACUUUGUGUCAUUUUUGCCAUCAUUAUUAUCAUACUGAAGGAAAUUUUCCAGAUCAUUAGGACAUAAUAUGUGUUGAGAGUGUCUCAACACUUAGUAGUGACAGUAUUGACAUCUGAGCAUACUCCAGUUUACUAAUACAGCAGGGUAACUGGGUCAGAUGUUCUUUCUACAAAAGAAUAUUGGAUUGAUUGGAGUUAAUGUAAUACUCAUCAUUUACCACUGUGCUUGGCAGAGAGCGGAUACUCAAGUAAGUUUUGUUAAAUGAAUGAAUGAAGUUAGAACCACACAAUGCCAAGAUAGAAUUAAUUUAAAGCCUUAAACAAAAUUUAUCUAAAGAAAUAACUUCUAUUACUGUUAUAGACCAAAGGAAUCUGAUUCUCCCUAGGGUCAAGAACAGGCUAAGGAUACUAACCAAUAGGACGGCCGGAAGGGUUCUGCACAUUCUUAUUUGAAGCAUGAAAAAAGAGGGUUGGAGGUGGAGAAUUAACCUCCUGCCAUGACUCUGGCUCAUCUAGUCCUGCUCCUUGUGCUAUAAAAUAAAUGCAGACUAAUUUCCUGCCCAAAGUGGUCUUCUCCAGCUAGCCCUUAUGAAUAUUGAACUUAGGAAUUGUGACAAAUAUGUAUCUGAUAUGGUCAUUUGUUUUAAAUAACACCCACCCCUUAUUUUCCGUAAAUACACACACAAAAUGGAUCGCAUCUAUGUGACUAAUGGUUUAUUUGUAUUAUAUCAUCAUCAUCAUCCUAAAAUUAACAACCCAGAAACAAAAAUCUCUAUACAGAGAUCAAAUUCACACUCAAUAGUAUGUUCUGAAUAUAUGUUCAAGAGAGAGUCUCUAAAUCACUGUUAGUGUGGCCAAGAGCAGGGUUUUCUUUUUUUUCUUAGAACUGCUCCCAUUUCUGGGAACUAAAACCAGUUUUAUUUGCCCCACCCCUUGGAGCCACAAAUGUUUAGAACUCUUCAAAUUUGGUAAUGAGGAAGAAGGAGAAAGAGCUGGGGGAAGGGCAGAAGACUGGUUUAGGAGGAAAAGGAAAUAAGGAGAAAAGAGAAUGGGAGAGUGAGAGAAAAUAAAAAAGGCAAAAGGGAGAGAGAGGGGAAGGGGCUUUCAUAUUGGUCAUUCCCUGCCCCAGAUUUCUUAAAGUUUUAUAUGUAUAGAAUAUAAUUGAAGGAGGUAUACACAUAUUGAUGUUGUUUUGAUUAUCUAUGGUAUUGAAUCUUUUAAAAUCUGGUCACAAAUUUUGAUGCUGAGGGGGAUUAUUCAGGGGACUAGGAUGAACUAAAUAAGAACUCAGUUGUUCUUUGUCAUACUACUAUUCCUUUGGUCUCCCAGAAUCCUCAGGGCACUGAGGGUAGGUCUGACAAGUAAGGCCUGCUGUGUGAAUAUAGCCUUUCUGAAAUGUACCAGGAUGGUUUCUGCUUAGAGACACUUAGGUCCAGCCUGUUCACACUGCACCUCAGGUAUCAAUUCAUCUAUUCAACAGGUAUUUAUUGUGUUAUUACUAUGCGUCAGGCUCCGUUUAUUGUUUCAAUUCUUUACACCAAAGUAUGAACUGGAGAGGGUACCUCAGUUAUAAGGAGUCUGAGAAUAUUGGCCCUUUCUAACCUAUGUGCAUAAUUAAAACCAGCUUCAUUUGUUGCUCCGAGAAUGUUUCUCCAAGGUUUUCUAUCUUCAAAACCAACUAAGUUAUGAAAGUAGAGAGAUCUGCCCUGUGUUAUCCAGUUAUGAGAUAAAAAAUGAAUAUAAGAGUGCUUGUCAUUAUAAAAGCUUCCUUUUUUAUUCUUCUCUCAAGCCACCAGCUGCCAGCCACCAGCAGCCAGCUGCCAGCCUAGCUUUUUUUUUUUUUUAGCACUUAGUAUUUAGCAUUUAUUAACAGGUACUGUAAGAAUGAUGAAGCAUUGUUUUUAAUCUUAAGACUAUGAAGGCUUUUCUUAGUUCUUCUGCUUUUGCAAUUGUGUUUGUGAAAUUUGAAUACUUGCAGGCUUUGUAUGUGAAUAAUUCUAGGGGGGGACCUGGGAGAUAAUUCCUAGGGGAAUUCUUAAAACUGCGCUUAACUAUUAAAAUGAAUGAGCUUUC